AUGAUUUCCCAUAAAGCAGUCUCUGUAUUGCUUGCAACUUUUGUAUUGGUCGUCUUCUUCAUAUCUCAAUCUCAAUCUCAUGCUUCUGACGAUGCCAAGUUCAGGGCUGAGUCUGGCAGUGACUCUCAGAAGGUGAACCUGUCACUGUACUAUGAAACUCUCUGCCCGUACUGUGCGAACUUCAUCGUGAAUAGCUUGGCCAAGAUCUUUGAGAAUGGACUCAUCUCCAUUAUCAAUCUCAGGCUGGUCCCAUGGGGUAACACUUUUCUCAAAGAUAACAAUACCUGGGUUUGCCAGCAUGGCCCGGAUGAGUGUGUGCUAAAUACAGUGGAAGCCUGCGCCAUUAAAGUCUGGCCUGACCUGGGAGCUCAUUUCAGCUUCAGAUUCGUCGAAUGCGUGGAGCGAUUGCAUCUGCAGAACAAGCACGGUGAGUGGGAGUCUUGUUUUAGAUCAGAGGGGUUGAAUUCAAAGCCUCUUGUUGAUUGCUACAACAGUGGACUUGGCUUUCAGCUUGAACGAAGUUAUGCCGAUGAAACUGCUGGCCUGACUCCACCUCAUAGAUUCGUGCCAUGGGUGGUUGUUAAUAAUCAACCACUUCAAGAUGACUACCAAAAUUUUCUGUCCUACGUCUGCAGGGCUUACAAAGGCCCCCGGGUACCUAAAGUUUGCAGCUCACAUCAAGAUAUGAUCAACUCAGCUCACGAAGAGAACUCUAUUGGUCAAGGCUGCUAUGCAAGUGAGGCUAAAAGGCAGCAAUCUAAGCCACCAACGCAGAAGGAAUCAGAAUCGCCAACAGCUUCAUAAACAAACAAGAUGAAGGUUGAAACAUAAUUCAGAAUUUAGACCACCUGCUGUUGUGCAGUAAUUGCCAGGCUGAUAUUUGAUCUGUAGAACUCAAGUUGUGCAAUGUGGAAUCUGUAAGGAAAUGGGAUGAAAUUUAUUACUUUGUUACCUCCUCUUACAUAUUCAAUGUCACCAGCUUUGGAUUGAAAAAACUAUUCAAUGUUAUCAAAAGCCUGGCUAAGAAAU